CGAUCUGAGAUUCCUUCCGCCAUAUUGAAUACGUAAAUUUUCCUAUUUGGAUCAGGCCUACACCAUCGAAAUGUCAGCGAUUGAAUACAACAAUCUACUCUUCGAGGCAAGCCAGAGGCUCGAGGAGCUGAAUGUUCGUGAGCGUCUUCUGUUUAUGUGCAGAGGGAAGCUGACCUCUGGCAGCGAUGGAAACAUCCCAGACGUUUUGUCAUUGUUUAGGGAACUGGAGGACAAGGAAUACCUAGGAAUUGAUCGCCUGAAAAUAUUGAAGGAGAUUUUGAAGAGUGUUAGGGAAUGGUCGCUCUUUGGAAAAGUGAAGAAUUUGGAGCGCAAAAGGAAAGAAUACAAUGGUUUGCUCGAGGAGAUAAUUCGCGUACUCGACGAACUCAAUGAUAUGGAACGACUCAUGUCGUUGUGCAGAGGGAAAGUGCCAGAAGAAAAUGAAGGAAACAUUAAAAAUGCUCGACGAUUAUUGGAGGAACUGCAAAACCACGAGCAUUUGGAUGUUGAUCAACUCGAUAUCCUAAAGGAGAUUUUGACACGAACAGAGAAAAAAGAUCUGCUUUUGAAAGUUAAUGAGUUCGAGAAGCGAAUGAAUGAGGAGGAGGAAUUGGAAAGCAGGAAAGCUCGAGCCUCUGCUGUUGUGUCAUCAGCUAGAGCUGUCGGUGAAAGGUUAAUUGGGGAGGUUAGAAUGCACUGUACAUUCCGAAAAAUCAGCGGAGCCCUAUUGGUUGUCGGUACUGGGGUGAUCCUUCAUAAAUGCUCGAAGCUGGAGGACUUCGUAGAAGCAUUCACAGCUGCAGUACUCCCAGCAGCUUCAGCUCUACAAACAAUCAGUGAAGGUUCUGUGUGUUUUACUGUGCAGCUGCAAAAAAAGUCGGCUGUCAAGGCUCUGUGGAAUCGAUACCUGGAUGGCACACUGCAACGUGAUCUACAACAGUUCCUAGUUACAGAUGAAAUAAAACAACUAGCCGGUGGCGAGGAGGUCAUGAUCAAUGUCUACAUCGAUGAGCAAGAACUGAAGAACGCCAAUUCGGAUCUCUCGACCGCAGAUUGUCAAGAGCGCGAUGGCCCAGACGGGAUGAGCUCCAGAAAUGAUCGGCGGAGGAAUUCAGAUUCCAGCCUGUAUUGCAAACAGCGAGAAGGUGACGAAAUGGGUGACAGCGCCAAGAAAUCCGAAUCAAUGCCGGCCAAUUUUCUUGAUACGGAUAAAGCUGCAUAUGUUCAGAGCUAUCUAGAUAGUGUGCACGACGUGAAUAGUAUAACAACAGACAUAAGUGACAGCGCGUUUGGGACCGGCCCUGAAUCGGAGCCCGGAUCAGAAGAGACCGGAGCAGAUUUCAGAUUUAAAGUGUGCCUCAAAGACCUGAGUCACAAUGUCACCUGCGAAUUGACAAAAGUUCUCGGAAAUGACCCGGAAAUAAAAAAAAAUGUCUUCCAAGCCUUUGGUCUCAAAUUUGAACCAAAUGAGAGAGGUUUGAGGAUGAAAAUUUUCGACCUAUUUCCGGAUACUCCUGUCAAGCUGUUAAAGGAAGUCUUUGAAGCACUGCAGUUAUAUGAUUUGGCAGAGUUGUUGGAAAAAGAUAAACCGCGUUCUCUUCGUUCUGCUCUUCCCCUGGAAGAAAUUAAAAAACUGCGCCAAUGUAGCGAUCGUCCUACGGUGUUCCAUAGUCAGGUGGCGGUUUUGAUCAUCGACGAUGCAAAGGAGAACGCCAGUGUAAAAAAUAUUAUAUCUUUUUUCAAGGAUUUAAGUUCAGAUAGUAAAACUGAUGUAGUGUCUUUGGAAAGUUUGCAAAAAGCGAUGAAGAUAACUGGCGAACUAGAGGAAAGGAAGCUUUUCGAGAAGCAGUGGAAUCGGCGGUGGAAGAAUUUGAAAGCGAUGAAGGAAGAUUUUGAAGAAAGGAUUAAAAACAAAGAAUUUCCGUUAAGGCGAAGGCGUCUGUUCCGUGACCCUUACUUUUUUUCCAGAGCAGAAGAGAGUGAAGUGGAAGGAGCCGAAGAGGUCAAACUACAAGAGGAAAUAAAGGAAAAGGAAAAGUUGGUGAAAGAUGAACUGAAAAAUGUGGAAGAAGCUAUUUCAUCAAUUAUGGAUGUUUGGAUACACGAUCAAGAUCACUUCACCUUUUUUGUUGUGAUGGAAAGCAGCGAUCUUUAUAAGUUCCCAGACAUCAGUGCAAUGAUCGAGAAUUGUUUGGCAAAGAAGCUAGAACUAAUACCAAGCAGAAUGAAAUUUGUGAUUGGAUCACAAAAUUGGGAUCGCCUCAAGCAUCUCCCGGAACUUCUUCAAGUAAUAUGUUAUUGUUCGAGUAGUCAUUUUGUCGUGUUGAUGGAUGAAGUCAUCAACAAAAGAUGGCAAACGUUGGACAUUAUAUCCAUGAUUAAAGAGAUCGAGAGAAAUUUACUCUUAAAGAAGUCGUCGCCUUUCCGAGAACAUGAAUUGUCUUUGAUAGAUGAUGUAAAUUUAGAGAUAAAGGAUAAUUUGUCGUUAGUUCCUAAAUUCCGCAAAAAGCAAGGGUAUGAUUCGGCUUCUUAAGAGCGACUUUUUUUCAAGACCGCGUGAGAGGGGGACACAUCAACAGAAAAAAUGGCUAUCUUCAUAUUUCAAGCAGAGAUAACUUAAAAUAAACUUAGAAACGUGGUGAAGUUUUUUUUUUUCUUUUUAGCCAGAGUUGCUUCUUCAUUCAAGUAAAUUCACUCGUCGAUAGCCGCAAAAUGGCGGAAAUCAGCGCCUCGAGUAGCGGCAAAUGAAUUUUGCUCACGAAAAACGCAAAAGAAGGACAGGGAUUGAAUUAUGUUUUAAGUCUAAAACGUGACCAUUUCAUUUCAUUCGGAGCUCACGGAACGCUUUUGAAAAUCACCAAUAGUUCGAAAUUCUAAUAUCGCAUUUCGCAGCAAAUUUUCAAUUGACAUUUUAAGAAAGUUCUAGAAUAAAAUUGAGCUUCAUUGUGGACUCGAAAGAGGACAAUUCAAUCAUAUGUACCGGUAUGUCGGCAGUUCUUUACCGAUGACAUUGAAGACGGGCAGCAACUUGAUACUAGUGUAGAUGUAACAUACUCAAGCGUUGACAUUAUUUCAAUCACCGUAAAACAUUUUCUUGUUUCCUUCUUGUGGUUUUUCGGUCACGAAAAUCAUGGAUACUAAUAUGCAAAUGAUGCUUUACACAAACCUGUGCAGUAGGUAAUAAAGAAUAUGCUACUUUGGAA